CUUGUAUCUCCAUCCCAAAGCAGAAAGGAGCAGCAGACUCUAAACCAGCCUGAGACCCUUCACACCUCACCAUGAUCUGCUUUCUGUUAUUAACUCUGUCUGCUGUGGUGUCCGCGGGCCGGCUGCCCCGCAGCUGCGGCACCUGCGACCCGAGUAAGUGCGCGCCUCUGCCGGCCGAGGGCUGCUCCUCCGGGACGCUGCUGGACGCGUGCGGCUGCUGCGAGCUCUGCGCGUCCGGGGUGGGAGAGCCGUGCGGGGGACGCGGAGCCUCAGCCAAGCGCUGCGUGUCCGGACUCGAGUGCGUCAAGAGCGACAAAGACAAGAAGAGUAAAUCAGGGGUCUGCGUGUGCAAGAGCAACUAUCCCGUGUGCGGCACUGACGGCGUGAACUAUAAAAGCGGCUGUGAGCUGAAAGAAGCAAGUCUGAAAGCAGUGAAGGAGAAAAAACCCGAGAUUAAGAUUCAGAACAAGGGCAAAUGCGCUCAAGCACCAGUUAUUGUAACAGCUCCAGGAGAGGUCUGGAACGUGACUGGCUCACAGGUCUUCCUUAGUUGUGAAGCCACCGGGAUACCCACACCUGUGCUCACAUGGAGAAAGGUUUCUAAUAGCAAAGAAAAGACUCUUCCACUCCCUGGAGACAAAGACAACCUGGCCGUCCAGACCCGCGGGGGUCCGGAAAAGCAUGAGGCUACUGGCUGGGUGCUAAUAUCUCCACUUACCAAGGAUGAGGAGGGCUCCUACGAGUGUCACGCCAGCAACAUUCAGGGCGAAGCAUCGGCUGUGGGUACCAUUCACGUGGUGGAUUCCAUCAAUGACAUUCCUUCCCAGAAGGGGAGAGAUGCUGAGCUGUAAGAGGACAUGGCCUCUGACUGAGAUGCUGAAACACUACACCUGUGCACUGAUGACAAGCAUCUAGCGCAAUCACUGCUCUCUCACACCGCCUGAACCACAAACAGCAGCUCGCACAUGGGCACUUUAUUCUAUAGAAGCUUUUCAGAGACACUCACAAAAAUCCAAAUAUACACUUUACCUCACUCUUCAAUUAGUCUGCCCACAUAACUUCAAUACUGUAAAGCACCAACCGGCCAUCAUAUCAUUCACUCUCGCAUGCAUGUGAAGGCACUCAAAUAUCUCAUCUUCACUUAUCAUAUGCAUGUUUUGCUUCGCUUUAUUUUUCAAGAUGUUUUUGAUAAUACAAAUUAUACUCAUUCCUUUAGGUUUUUUUUUUUUUUUUUUUUUUGGUUGAUGUCUGUGGUGCUGAAAAACAGUUAUUUUGAGCGUCAACUAUUUGUGCACAAUUUGUGUUUUUAGACUUUUAGCUGUUCCUCCAAGGUUCAGUCAAAACAAAAAGCUGAAGACUACUUAAUCUUAAUCAGGGUUUCUCAAGUGUUUUACUAUAAUGGGCCAAAAAUCAUACUUAAUUGAAAACCAUGGGCCUUAAGUAAAUGUUGCAUUAUAUCCAACUAGAUUUUAUUCAAAUUUUAAAGAAAAGGAAAAAAAAUCAUUUUUAAAAAAAGAAACAAAUUUAAAUAAAUACAAAAGUUAAAUUACUAAUUAAAAUAUGCAUCAAUGGUAUGUUUUAUUUUUUACCUAUUUGAGACCAAAUUUGGCCUGCAGGCCCUGGUUUGAACAUCUCUGAGCUGAAUAAAGAGAAUAUUGUCAUGUGAAAGCUAACAAAAUUAGACUUUUUUUUUUUUAGUAAAUGCCAUGACAAUUAAGGCCAGGACACACCAAGCCAACGGUCGGGCUAGUUUGUUUGGUGUGUUCCACUCGUCGGGCUCACGUCGGCGGUAGUUUGCCCGAUUCAACAUGUUGAAUAGGCAUCGGGGCCGUCUGCGAGAGUGAGAGCUCUGAUUGGAUGUUCAGUUUAGCGAACGAGUCAGUGCCCGAGAAAGUGAUGUUAUGUGAUCUUUCCCAAACAUUCUUAUAUGCUAAUGUUUUCAUAACAUGAGCCACUUAAAAUGAUUCAAGUUAUCAACAUUACUGAUAUUCAUGUUAAGCAAGCACUGCUUUGUUUUGUAUAUCUUUGUUUCGGUUUCUCCUUUUGAAUGACAAAUAUAUACUAUUGAUAACUCCUGAUAUAGACAGUUAAUUCCUCUCACUCAUGCGCAGAACACACAUUAGUUUGCCAUCGGCUGUAGUUUUGCGGUGUGUUCGAGCGCAGCUUUUUGGUCCGACGCUGCCGACGCGAGAUGACAACCCUGUCGGCUUUCGUCGCCGCUAGUAGUUUGAAGUCAGCUUGGUGUGUCCCGGCCUUUACACUAAACAAGUCACAAAUACUGUAGUUCAGAGGACGUUUUAGUUUAAUUUUCUGGGUGUUAAGAAUGAAUACUUUACAUUGGUUCCUAAAUUACAGUAGAAUUAAGUUUUGUCCUAUAAAAGUCUGAGAAUCUAAUGCAUCUGUUUAUGUUUUGAUAUUUGUAUAACACUAAUGAAUAAAGAUGCACUUGAAGAGGCA